GAACAGACCAGCGCGCCAAACCAACACAGAGAAAGCAAAACACGAGAGUUCUGGAUAAUAAACCACUAAAUUCGGUUGUUAAAACGUCUUCUAGACGCUUGAGAAAAAAUACAUCACCGGACAAAAACUCUAAUCAACGUACUUCGGUCAAAAUGGGUUUCCUCGAGAAGUGCCAAGAGCUCUUCAAGACCUCAAACCUGUACGAGGUGCUGGGCAUCAAGAAAGAGGCGACCGAGGCAGAGAUCCGGAGGAGUUACUACAAAGUGUCGCUGAAAGUCCAUCCUGACCGGGCUCCCGAAGACCCGCUGGCCACAGAGAAAUUUCAGGUGUUGGGGAAGCUGUAUGCGGUGCUGAGCGAUAAGGAGCAGAGGGCUGUUUAUGAUGAGCAGGGAGUGGUGGAUGAAGAGUCUGACACCCUGAGCCAAGACCGCUGCUGGGAAGACUACUGGAGGCUGCUCUUCCCUAAGAUUACAGUGCAGGACAUCCUUGAAUUUGAGAAGAAAUAUAAGGGCUCUGAUGAAGAGCAGCAGGAUGUGAUCCAGCUGUAUGUGCAGCACCAGGGAGAUAUGGACGCCAUCACAGCCUCGGCUCUGUGCUGCUCCCAGGAAGACGAGCCCAGGCUCUGCAGCAUCAUCCAGGCUGCCAUCGAGAGCGGAGAGGUCACAGCGUUCCCAGCGUUUACUCAGGAGACUGAAAAGAAGAAGAGGUCUCGUAGGAAGAGGGCUGACAGAGAGCGACAAGAAGCAGAAGAAAUGCAGAAAGAGAUGGGGCUUGGCGAUGAGGAUGACAGUCUUGUGAUGAUGCUCAAGCAAAGACAGCAGUCCAGAGAGAACAACUUUAACAGUUUCCUGUCUGACCUGGAAGCCAAAUACUCCAAAAAAAGUGGGAAAUCUAAAAGAGGAAAAAAGUGAACAGCGUAGCGUACAGGCUCUGGUUGUAGCAGAUAAAAUGUAUGUAAAUUGCAGCAGAUAUCGUUCAAACAAACAAAAGAAAAACUUACACCUACGCCUGACUGCUCACUUUUGUGUGCCUCCUCAUGAAACUGUCCUUUAUUUGGCCUCAGUAGCUUUUUAUGCCAUGUCUAUUAAAAAGUAAAUGCAUCUUUUAUGUAUUGUCAUUUAUGUCUUUUGUUGUCAAUCUUCAUAAACACAAAUAAAUUCAUAUUU